GCACGUUCGGAGUGGGAACGGUGAGCGCGUGCUCUCGGUUGGCUAGCUGUAAACAAACUUUAAGACUUAUUUUUGUUUGUUUUUUUUUCUCUCAAGAGGACAGUUUCUGAGAAGGAAAUACAAGGACUACGGAGUCGCUUCGUCAGGGGGCGAAGAGAACAAGUUUCCCUUGGGUUCAUUCAGAAAGAAAUCUGUGUUUAGACCCGAACACAACAGGUUUUUUGGGGGGGAUUUCACGGUGUCAGUUUAACCUAGGUCUUGUAGAAAUAUUAUUGCUUGUGAAAGAGACUCGGCGUCCAGGUGUUGGGGAGAGAGAGAGAGAGAGAGAGAGGUUCCAGUUGGUUCAUUCGUUGUGAAAAGGAUUUGAGCUCCUGCUCCAGAAAGUUCUCGGGAGAGGUGUGAAACAUGCCGCAGCUGGCGGGUGGAGGAGGCGGCGGAGACCCGGAGCUCUGCGCCACCGACGAGAUGAUCCCGUUCAAGGACGAGGGAGACCCGCAGAAGGAGCAGAGCUUCGCCGAGAUCACCAACUCCGAGGAGGAGGGAGACCUGGCCGAGCUCAAGUCCUCUCUGGUCAACGAGAGCGAAACGAGUCCGAACAACAGCCACGACGCAGCUAGACAGUCUCAAAUAACCCCAGACUCCUACCAUGAAAAACACAGAGAGCAUCCGGAUGAUGGAAAGCUCCAAGAUCUGUACAGUAAAGGGCAUGCCUACUCUGGUUACCCAAGUUACAUCAUGAUGACCAACAUGAACAACGAACCCUACAUGAACAACGGCUCGCUCUCGCCGCCCAUGCCCCGAACGUCAAAUAAGGUUCCUGUGGUGCAGCCAUCCCAUGCAGUUCACCCCCUCACACCUCUGAUCACCUAUAGCGAUGAGCACUUUGCCCCUGGCCCUCACUCCGGGCACCACCCACAGGACUCCAAAGGAAUGCCUAGGCAUCAUCCUGGUCCAGAUAUUCCUAACUUCUACUCACUCUCCCCUGGAGGAGUUGGACAGCUCACACCACCACUGGGCUGGUUCCCGCAUCACAUGGUUCCAGGACCUCCCGGACCUCAUGCCACGGGAAUCCCCCACCCUGCCAUCGUCAACCCACAAGUCAAACACGAGCCUCCACACGAGACAGACCUGAUGCACAUGAAGCCUCAGCACGAGCAGCGAAAGGAGCAGGAGCCCAAGAGGCCUCACAUCAAGAAGCCGCUCAACGCCUUCAUGCUUUACAUGAAAGAGAUGCGUGCUAACGUGGUGGCCGAGUGCACGCUGAAGGAGAGCGCUGCCAUCAACCAGAUCCUAGGCAGAAGGUGGCACGCUUUAUCUCGGGAAGAGCAAGCAAAGUAUUAUGAAUUAGCCCGCAAGGAACGACAGCUCCACAUGCAGUUAUACCCAGGCUGGUCUGCCAGAGACAAUUACGGAAAGAAGAAGAAAAGGAAGAGGGAGAAGCUCCAGGAAUCAACCUCAGACUUCCAUUUUCUGCAGGUACAGCCCAGAGAAUGAAAACGGCGUACAUCUGAGCAAUGGAGGAAAACGAACUACUUUCUCCUCAUGCAAAGCGAAGCCAGCAGCUGCGGGGGCCCUUUUGGAGAUGGAAGCCUGUUAGAUGACCU